AUGAUAGAAGAAAAAUUAAAUAGUAAGUAUCUAAAUUUAUUUUUUAUUAGUAAGGGAAACUGUGAUCCUUUAUACAAUGAUAACAAAAUUAUUAGAAACACUAAAAAUAUGAUGCGUACUAAAUCAAUAAAUUAUGAAAAUCUCAAAGAAGAAUUAAAAAGUAUAAAUAAUUUGGAAGCAUUUGAUUAUAAUAAAAACUAUUUUGAUUCAUUUUAUAUAAACAAUUUAGAUAAACAAAUUUCUAAAGAUAAACAAAAUAAGAAAAAGAAAAUUUCCGAGGAUAAUUAUACAAAUAAUUACUCAAAUGAAAAAAAUUACAUAGGUUGUAAUAAAAAAAAGAAGUUAUCAAGAAUUAAUGAUAAUGAUUCUAAAGAAAAUAUCUAUAAUUCAAAUUAUUUUUGUAAAGAUGGAUUAUGUUCAGAAAAUACUUGUUCUCUUGUAGAAAAUUCUAAAAAUAAUAUUUUAAAUAAAAAAGUAGAAAAUACAGAAAUAGACAAGUUUUAUAAGGAUAAUACAAAAACUGAUAAUUGUUUUACUAAUAAUACUAAGAUAAUCGAAGAAAAUACUUUAAAAGAUAGUGGAGAAAAAAACAAUUUGAAAGAUCUAGAAAAUAUGAACAGUUUUACAAAAAAAAAUAAUAUAUAUUCUUGCUCAUGUGAUUAUUCAGAAGAAAAUGAAACAUGCAAGCAUAAUUCUCCGGAUGGAUGCAAUCAUUAUAAAUCAUCUAAAAAAAUUCUAAAUGAUUUACAUAAUUUUGAUUUUUUUUUUUUUCACAACAAUCAGAAUAUUCCAUACAAUUCUACUGAAAAUUUUAAUUUAAAUAGUGCUAAUUUAAAGACAUUUAAUGGUAAUAAAAAGCAUAUAAAAAAAUGUUUAGAAAAUAUUAAAAAUGAAAAAAAAAAUGAUUUACAAGAAAAAAAAAUAAAUUAUCCUAACAUUCAAGAAGCUACAUUAAACGUUAAAAAUUUAACAUACAAGGAUCAAUUAGAAAUAAAUAAGGUUAAAUAUGACCACAAUAAUAAUAGUAAUAAUGAUAAUAGCAACCUUGAUGAAAAUGAAGAAAUAAUAGAUAAAAUUAAUUUAAACACAUAUAAUAUAAAUAAUGAGAGCACUACUAAUAAUAUGUUUAUUGAGAGAGGGAAUAGAAAUAAAUAUAAUGUAAAAGAUAUCAUAGAUAAAAAUGUAUUAAGUAAUUUUAUUGAAUCUGUUAAUAAUCAUUCUUUUAAAAAUACAAAUAACCCUAAAGGAUAUACUCGUGAAAAACAAAAUAAUAAUAAAAAUUGUGAAGAAGAAAAUAAUUGUAGAAAUAAAAUGUGUACAGAAAAGGAAGAAAUUAAAUUAAACAAUUAUGCAAAUGAUGAAAGUUAUUAUGAUAAUGAAAGUAUUUUCAAUGGAAAAAUGAACAAAUAUAUAAAAGCUAAUAAAAUUAAUGUCAAUGAUAGUAAAGAGGAUGAUAAUAUGAAGGAAUAUGCAAAUAGUAAAUUUUUUUUAAACAAAAAAAUAUCUCCAAGAAAUGAACAAGAUUUAUGCACCAUAAAAAAUAAGAAUAAACAUAAUGAAAAUAAUUCACUUUCUAUUAUAAAUGAUUUUAAAAAUUUAUAUAUGGAAAAGAACUAUCCUAAUUUAAAUGAUGAAAAUAUUAAAAAUAAAAUAAAAAACAUAGAAGUUAAUGAAAAAAAUAAGCAUUUGGAUAUAAUAAAAGAAAAAUUAAAUGAAAGUAUAUUUUGUGCUUAUAAAAAUGAAAAAGAAUCUACUUCAAAGUUAAAUGAAAGCAUUCAAAAUAUACAUAAUCAUAAUAAUAAAAUUACUCUAGAAACAGAAAAAUGCAAAUAUCACGGAUUAAAUAAUAUGAGUCAAGAAAGUAAUAACAAUUUAUAUAUAAAUAAUUAUAUUACAACUAAUUAUGGUGAAUAUGAAAAUAUAAAUAAUAAUAAUAUAAAUAAAAUUGAUUAUCUAAAAAAUAUUCCUAAUAUAAGUAAUUUGUCCAAAAAAUUAAAAGAAAAUUAUGAAACUUUAAAAUUUUACUUGAAUUCUUUAAAUAGACCAAACACAAUUAUAAAUGAUAAGUUACUUAAUUUUUAUUAUUAUAUUUAUAUGAGGAACUAUGUAUUAAAUAAUAUAAAGUUAUCAAACUCUUAUAAUACUGAAAAUAAUGAAAUAAAUAAAAAUAAAAAUUUAAAUAAUUUUAACCAUAAUGAAGAAUUCCACAAUUUUAAUAAAGAGAAAGUUUGUUGUAUGAAUAGUUAUUUUGAAAAAAUACAUAAAGAAGAUAAUUUUUUUUAUGAUAAUUCUCUCAGUAAUAAUAUUAAUUACAAUAAGAAGAAUGAGUUUAAUGAUAUAUAUAAUUCAUUUUUUCUUUUGAAUAAUAACUCAUUUAAUAGAAAUGAUUUUUUAAGCAAUAUAAGUAAAAUUAAACCAGGUGAUGAUAAUAUGUAUUUUAAUAAAAUGAACUGUCAUAAUUUAUCAAUUAAUACAAAUAUCAAUAAUGGUACAAAUAAAAAAAAUUUAUGCAGCAAUAGUAAUAAUAAUAAUAAUAAUAAUAAUAAUAAUAAUAAUAAUAAUAAUAAUAAUAAUAAUAAUAAUAAUAAUAUAGAUAAUGAUGAAAUUAAACAAAUACUUCAUAAAUAUUAUAAUUACUUAAAAUUGAAAAAUUAUAUUAUUCCGAGUAAUAUUGAGUAUGAUUCAUAUAUAACUCAAAAUAAAAAUAUAAAUUGUAGCAAUUAUAAUGAACCUAAAGAUUUUUUGAAUCUAUCAUAUAGUUUUAUUAAUGAACAUAGAAAUGCAAAUAACAAUAUACCUUAUAAUAAUUUCUGUAAAUUUCAUAAAAAGGAAUUAGAUAAAAUAAAUGAAUUUUUUUUAAAUAAAAGCAACCAAGAUACUCAUAAUUUUGAUAUACGUAAUUUAUAUGAAAAUUAUAUUUUAAAUUUAAAUUAUAGGAAUCUUUAUAAUAAUAAAUAUUUUUACUUUUUUAAAAAUCUAAUUGAAAAAUUGAAUAGAGAAGAACUAUAUCAAUUAAUGUUUUGUCAAUGUUGCUAUAUUUUUAAAAAAAUAGAAAAGAAAAUAACACCAUUAGAUAUCAUUUUAGAUACACAAAUAUUGUUUUAUGAUUGUCUUAAUUAUUUUAAAAAUGAGGGAUGGAUUAAUAAUAAUGUUUUGGGAGAAAAUAAAGAUAUAGAUAAUAUAAAAAAUAAAAAUAUAAAUAAAUGUAGUCAUGAGAAAUAUAAAGCAGCAAAUUAUUAUUGUGAUAAUUUAAACUGUUUUUCUAAUUCUUCUAUUUCUAAUUCACAUAUAAAUGACAAUAGAAACAUUCUUAAUAAAGAAAAUAGUAAUAGUGGCGGUUUUUACUCAUCUUGUAAUAAUAAAAACAUACAUUUCUAUAAUUUAGAGAAUCACGAAAUAUCUAGAACAUCUACAACAGCAUCCAUUAGUUAUAAAAGCAAUGGUAUCUCAAAAACACAAAGGAUCAAUCAGGGAUUUAAUAAUAAUGAAAAUAAAAAUGAUAAUAUAGAAAGUAAUAACUUAUGUAACAAUGAGGAAAAUAAUAAUAAAGAUAAAUUAAAAAAAAAAACAAUAACUUCAUGUACAGAAGAAAAUAAUAUUAAUAAUGCUUUAAAGUUAGCUAAUACUAAUUUCAAAGAAAUACAGAAAAAUGACAAAAGUUUUGAUAACAAUAAAAAAAUAUUUUAUCAUACACAUUGUAAAACAUUAAAAAAAAGAAAUAAUGAAUUGUUAGAAUUAUACCAAGAGAAGACAAAUGAAAAGGUGAAUAGUAGUAGUAAUAUAGAUGAAAUUGAAACUGGUAAUAAUAAAAUAAAAUGUGAAGAUGUAAUAAAAGAUACAUUGAUGGAAAAAAAUAUCUCAAAACAAAAUAAUAAUAAUACUUCUUCAAAUGAAUGUGAAGGUAAUGAGAUAAUAAAAAAUACCUAUCAAAAAAAAGAUGAAAAAAAAAAAAAAAAUUUAAAUAGUGCCAUAAAUAAAAAAAAUAAAAAAACAAAAAUAACAAAUAAAUAUAAUGAUAUCAAAUCCAGUUCAACGAAUUCCAAAAUAUAUGAUAAAUCUAAAACUUCCAAAGAUUUAUAUCUUUUUACAUUAUUAUACCAAUCCAAGAAGAAAUUUUCUGACAACUUAGAUAUUUCACACAAGUGA